AUGGUCGUGCAGAAUUCCCCCACCUCUCAGUCGACGCCGGCUUCCCUCCCACCCUCUGUGUUCACACUCCCACAGACCGCGCAGCUAGAGGCACUAUACACAAUCAUCCGGGAUAAGAACACCAAUCGUGGGGAUUUUCUGUUCUACUCAGACCGCAUUAUUCGUCUGUUGGUCGAGGAGGGUCUCAACCAUCUGCCGGUGAUACCCAAGACGGUUGAGACUCCUACGGGUGCAACAUAUGAAGGCGUGGGCUUCGAGGGACAUAUAUGUGGGGUAUCCAUUCUGCGGGCAGGGGAGGCUAUGGAAGCUGGCCUACGGGAAGUAUGCAGAAGCGUGCGGAUCGGCAAGAUUUUGAUUCAAAGGGACGAAGAAACAGCGCAGCCUAAACUUUUUUAUUCUAAACUUCCCCAGGACAUCUCGCAGCGCUAUGUGCUGCUUUUGGAUCCAAUGCUUGCGACCGGUGGUUCCGCAAUGAAAGCAGUGGAAGUCAUCAUGGAGCACGGUGUGCCUGAAGAGCGAAUUAUCUUUAUUAAUCUGAUCUCGUCUCCCGAGGGGCUGCGGAACUUCUGUUCUAAAUAUCCCGCGCUGCGGGUGAUUACUGGCUGGAUCGACCAAGGGCUGAACGAGAAGUCGUACAUCGUCCCCGGACUUGGUGACUUUGGCGAGAGAAGGUAA